AUGGGCGGGAGAGGCGGCCCCCGGGGGCGGGGCGGGCCGGGGCGGGGCCGGCGGUUUAUAGGGUCGCGCGCGGCGCCCGCCGCGGACAAUACGCCUGCCGGCUGGAGCGCCCCGGACGCCGCCACCAUCGCCCCCGCCGCCACCGACGCGAGAGAAGAAAUGUCUCAAGCAGGACCCUUCUCCAGGGACCUCUUUCUAGACACCUUCCUGCAUGAGCAUGGCCCGGAAGCGCUGGAGGUUCCUGGCAUGACCGAUCUCACGGGGUCCUCCCCUGACAGUGACAACCCCGACUACGUGGCCAUGCGGCUGGCCUUCAUCGGGGACGAGAUGGAAGUGAGAUGGACGCUGCCCCACAUCGCCGAGCUGCCCGGGGUGGCCAUGUACAGCCUGGCUUUCACCUACAACCAGACAGGCCUGAGGGGCGUUCUUAGAAGUUUUGUGGAUGGUCUCACUAACCUCAGGGAGAAUAUAAGGUUCUGGAGCUUACUGACCCGCAGGGACAGGGUGUCCCCCGGCCGGGGACGUGGGCUGGCGCUGCCCAUGCUGCUGCUGCUGCUGCUGCUGCUGCUGCUGGGCUGGGGGCGCCACCUCCUCCAGUGACGCCGCUGCCGGCCAGUGCGGGGCGGGGCCGGUCCCCUCCCCUCGACCACCACCCUGGAGGUGGCCUUGUUGGUUUUGUUGUCUUUUUAACUGUUUUCUGAUGAUCCUUUUUUUAUAUUUAAACUCUGAGUGCUGGGACACUUACCGAGGUUUCAUACUAGUUUUUUCUCGUUUUUUGUAAGAGAAAUGAAUUCAUUGUACCUCUGGGGUGGUUACUGGUUAACUGCCCGGCCGAGGCCUGGCUGGGCCUGCUCUCCUGGCCCCAGCCCACCCUGCAGCGGCCUGUCCCAGGAGCUUCCUCUCUUGGUGGGUCGUGUGCAGGGCCAGGGGUAGUGCUGGUCACACCCCCGUGUUGGUGACGCCCAUGGCAAAGAGGAAAUCUGCUGGAAUAGAUUUCUGAGGGGUGGGGAGAGCUCAAUAAAAUGUUGGU